AUGUUGCUGCUGAACUCUACAAGUUCAGAGGAUCUGCUGGGCAACAGCAGUGACCCUGGGCUGGACAAUGUGGAGCAGGUUCUAGUCCCAAUACUAGAUACGCUCAUUCUGGUGCUGGGAGUUAGCGGGCACACCGUAGUGAUAAUAAUCUUAUGUGGGCGAUGGAGGAGAGGGGUGGGACGUAUUGGACGGUCUCCCCAAAGCUCUGUGAUGGGUAUGGGGACCGACAUCCUUCUUCUGGCUCUGAGCACUUCAGACCUGCUUUUGCUCUCCAUGCUUCCCUUCCACACUGCUGCUAUAGCCCUGCAGCACUGGCCGUUUGGUGACUUCAUGUGUCGUCUGUUGGGUUUCCUAGGAUCAGCCUGCUCCUCAGCCAGUGUCUUCACUCUGGCCACACUGGCUGUGUGUCGCUAUCUGACUGUGGUGAAGCCUGCCAGAGCAUAUUCCCUUCUCUCCACUCGCCGAGUCUCUAUAGCUGCCAUCCUGGUCUGGGUUCCAGCCUGCUGCCUUGGUGUUCCACAGCUAGUUUUUCGCUCCGUAGGAACCCCACAAAAAGCCCUUGAUGGUCUUGCAUGCUUUGUUUUCCAGACCCACCGUGACGAGCUGAUCUAUGGACUGUUUCAUUUCCUUGUGGCCUUCCUAUUCCCGCUGGUUACCAUAGCAGUGGCAUAUGGAAGGAUCUACGCGUUCCUAUGGAGGAGUCAGCAUGCUGGAAGAGCCCCCCAGGUGGAGCGUUACCAAAGCAAAGUGACCCAGACGUCAGUAAUGCUGGUGCUGGCUUUUACCAUGUGCUGGCUUCCGUCCUAUGGCCUGACGCUGGCCUUACUGGUGGAUAAAGGAUCAGGGGCCACUGGAAGCUCACUACGUUAUGGCCCCGUCACUGUCUUUGCACGCCUUAUGGCGACCUCUUCUACAGUGAUUAACCCGAUCCUCUAUGUGCUGAUGUCUGAAAAGUUCAGACAGGACUUACUGAGGCUGUUCAAGAGAGAAGGACAAAGAGCCAGAGGGGCUGUGGCUAUGGCUGAUGUCUGA